UUCGUUCACGAGUCGGACAUCGCUACUCCCUUAGAGAAAUUGACAGCAGCUGGGUCGCUUGUAUGAGCAAACCCGAAGGACAGACACGGCAGAAAAUAAAACUCUGCCGUUACAGUGGGCUCCCCCUUCCCCUUUCCCCCACCGUUUGAGCGUACAUAUCAACAAACCGACCCCGACGAGCGCUCUUUCUCCGUUUCCCCGCUCUUACAGCGGAGCGGUCAGGACUUUUUUUUCCUCGCGAACUGAAACGUCAGUAGCUUAGCCGAGCUAGCGGGCUAACGCGACUAGCUGGGUUCAGCUACAAGGAGGAAUUACAAUUGUUCCACCGAGAGACACUGAAGGAUGUCGGGGAAGGAGCAGAAUAAACAAUCCACCACCGAACGGCUCGUCAAAGCAGUGCCGUACCCUCCCACAACGCGGCUCACCAUGAAAGAGCUGUACGAGGACGGCAAGCCCAAGGUGGAGCUUUUGAAGAGCCACCUGGUGAAAGAGGGGCGCCUGGAGGAAGACGCAGCCCUACGCAUCAUCAACGAUGGCGCAAACAUCCUCCGCCAUGAGAAAUGCAUGCUGGAAGUGGAGGCCCCCAUCACAGUGUGCGGAGAUGUCCAUGGGCAGUUUUUUGACCUGAUGAAGCUCUUUGAGGUGGGGGGUUCCCCGCACAAUACACGCUAUCUAUUUUUGGGAGACUAUGUGGAUCGAGGCUAUUUCAGUAUUGAGUGUGUGCUCUAUCUGUGGGCCCUGAAGAUCAACCACCCGACCACCCUCUUCCUCCUCAGAGGCAACCACGAGUGUCGGCAUCUCACGGAGUACUUCACCUUUAAACAAGAAUGCAAGAUUAAGUACUCGGAGCGCGUGUAUGACGCCUGCAUGGAGGCCUUUGACUGCCUUCCCCUGGCCGCUCUGCUCAACCAGCAGUUCCUGUGCGUUCACGGAGGCCUGUCCCCCGAGAUCACCUGCCUCGACGACAUCCGGAAAUUAGACCGGUUUAAAGAGCCUCCAGCUUUCGGGCCGAUGUGCGACCUGCUGUGGUCUGACCCUGGCGAGGACUACGGCAGCGAAAAGAGCUCGGAGCACUUUUGUCACAACAGUGUGAGAGGAUGUUCCUAUUUCUACAGUUACCCUGCAGUGUGUGACUUUCUGAUGAAUAAUAACUUGUUGUCAGUUAUAAGAGCACAUGAAGCCCAAGACGCAGGGUAUCGAAUGUACAGAAAGAGUCAGACGACAGGCUUCCCCUCUUUAAUCACAAUCUUCUCUGCACCAAACUACUUAGAUGUGUAUAACAAUAAAGCUGCUGUGUUGAAAUACGAGAACAACGUCAUGAACAUCCGGCAGUUCAAUUGCUCUCCUCACCCGUACUGGCUGCCCAACUUCAUGGACGUGUUCACGUGGUCACUGCCCUUCGUCGGGGAGAAAGUAACAGAGAUGCUGGUCAACGUGUUAAACAUCUGCUCAGAUGAUGAGCUCAUGUCAGAGGGAGACGACACAUGUGAAGGUGGCACCCCGGCAGUCCGCAAGGAGGUGAUCCGAAAUAAGAUUCGUGCCAUUGGCAAGAUGGCCAGAGUUUUCUCUGUUCUUAGAGAGGAGAAUGAGAGUGUGUUGCAGUUAAAGGGCUUGACCCCCACUGGGACGUUGCCUCUGGGUGUGCUAUCAGGAGGCAGACAGACCCUACAGAGCGCCACCGUAGAAGCAGAGGAAGCACGAGCUAUCCAAGGCUUCAACCCUCAACACAAGAUCCAAAGCUUCGAGGAAGCACGCGGACUGGACCGGAUAAACGAGCGAAUGCCUCCGCGCAAAGACAGCAUGCAGCCAGACGGCACUGCCAACUCCAUCAACGCAGCCAAUUCCCCCGACAAGAACGGCACCAACGCACAGGCGUAGUAACCCAGCAGCUACCUAGCGCUCUCCCUCAUCCUUUCCUUUCUGUCUCUCAUAUUUUUUUUUUUCUCUGUUUUCCUCUCAUUCUCUCUCUUUUUGGUAGAGGUGAUGCCCCCUACAUGCAAAACUCUCCAGGACCAUUUCGGGGAGAAUCGCACAAUACCAUGAAGAGGGCAUAAUGAAAAACAAACCAUGGUUCUUAUUUAUUUAUUGAUAUAGAUAAGAAAUUUAAGAUCUGUAAUGGUGGGAAAAUUGAGAUGAAUGAAUACGUACAUGAUGAAUAUUACAUGUGUAUAUAAAAUACAGAAUAUAUAUAUAUAGACAUAGCAUUGGGGUGGUGUAAGGUCAUCUUAGAUUCAGUAGUUAAAAAAAAAAAAAGAAAAUUUUGUAAAUUUACGUUUAUAAAUUAGGUUUAUUUCUGACUUUUUUUUUUUCUUUUCUUUUCUUUUCUUUUUUUUAACAACCAAGACUUGCUCAGCAGAAUUUCUUUAUCAUCGUUUGUGGGCUUGGCAAAAUAAUUCUUGGCCCAACAUAAUUAUAUAGAAUGCUUAUUUGUGAGUAAUACCCAAGGCGAGUAUGAUAAUUGUUGACGCAAAACAAAACAAAAAGUUUUGGUAUUGAAACAAUAUGUGGAAAAUACCUUCUUAAUGCCAAUUAUAGCUAAGAUGAGUGCAUUAAUAACAAGUGUUGGCACGUUUAUAUGUACAUGUACAUUUUCAAGUGUUCCCUCAACCAAAUGUGAUGUUUACUUGGUUUGAUUUGUUUUUUUUUCCUGUUCAUAACUCAAACUACACCGAUUUGUAAUCAAAAAGGCGGGAAAAGCAAAAACCAUCCCAGAAGUUUCUCAAGAUGGUUGGAGGAGCGAUUGUGUCUGCAUGUUUUUGUUUACUUUCAACCCUCCAUUUUGUAGUCACUCGCGCUAUUAUAGGCCUCUGCCGUACUUUCGCGCACUUUUACACCUUUCAACGUUUCGCUAAUGCCACAUUGGUUAAAGGCAUGAUUGAACUGCCAUGAUUUUAUGCAGAUUUUUAGCUUUAGCAGUUGAAAGAAUCCUAUGAUGUGUGCGUUAAAUGUGAUUGGAUGAGGUGGACGUUAAAACAUCUCAGAAAAUUAGCAUACAUGCCUUACAUCCUGCAUCUCGGCUAAAGUAAAUUAGUUAAACCGUUUUUUUUCUAUUGCUUUUAUUUUCCGUUUUUAAAAAAACAAUUGUAGCCCACCAGUUGAACAUUUUAAACUUUAAAAACCCAUUUAAUUGUUUUUCAAUUUAUCUAAUUAAUGUACCUAUAAAAGUUUGCAUCAGCAAACUUCUUGUAAGUAUCUUCAGCGCUAGUAUUUCUAUAGCUGAGCUGUGCGCUCUUCGAAACGCCUGUAUUCUCUAGAGUCGACCAUUUUCCACGCAUAUGAUUGACUGAAGCUGAAGCAAAGUUAUUUUGAUUGCUUUUACUGUACUGUGU